GAAAUGCAAAUUGAAGCACGAGACACGUUUGACGAACGAAAACGCCUCAAGACCCGUUUGAAAUCGCGGUAUGGGCGGGACGACGCAUCGUUUGGAUGCACCCCAUCAGCCUGCACUGCAUCACGUCCCCUCGGGGCAAAUGCACGGGGAGGCCGAGUGGAGGGGGUUGCAUGCGGGAGUUGCCUUUCCGGGCCAGUCACCCCAACUUCAGCUGAUGGUGUGCGUCUUGCUGGGGGUGUGAUGUCUCCAACUUCCGAGCUCAUUUUCACUUGGUGUUCUUUGCCGGAAGAAGCCUCAGUCAGAGAUGCCUUCUGCAUCCCUUUGAAUAGGAGUAUUUUGCUUCAGGCAUAUGAUGGGGAAUUUGAGGACUUUGUUGAUAUUGAGUUUGAAAACUUGAACAAAUCUCCUGCAAAACGACUCAAGGUCAUUGUGCGAGGAGCCACACAAGACUUUGGCAACCCUAAUUACAUCCUCCCUGAUGCCAACCAUGCCCUUCCCAAUGUUCAGAGUGGGCACAAUGGACUCAUCAAUGAGCCCCUGGAUCCCAUUCCA